AUGUUCGGGUUCGGUCGAACAUUCUGGGGGGCAAGGGUGUUUGAUGUUCGUCUUGUGAGGGCGAACCCUUUACUUAAUCUCUGCAGCAACUACCUCACAGGCCCCCUAGUGAAUAUCCCGUUCGUCGUCAAAGUGGACGUCUCCAGCAACUACCUGUCGGGUGUUGUGUCCGCACCAGACUGCAGUCGACUCAACAUCGCCGCCAACUGCUUCGCUCCAAACAAAGCCUGCAGCCCUGCCCUGCAGCGGCCCGCAGCGCAGUGCACGGCAUUCUGUGGCGUCUCUCCAACCACUGCUGCCUGUGGUGGUCGUGGCGUGUGCUACCCAGAUGGGCCUAGUUUGGUGCCAACGUGCCUGUGUGGUGCGGGAUUCUUGCAGUUUGGAGGAACCACCUGCAUUCCAGGAGCCCCUCCAGGCCUCCAGGGAAGUAUUCUUCCGCCAUUCACAGUGCUCACCAAGGGCACGAGGAAUGAGACGGUGGGGAUGUUCGUGGCAAAGCCAGUGACCCUCUUCAUGUACCCGCCUGGUGUGACAUCGGCAUGCGGCUUUGGUUUGGCCUUCCGAGUCAACUUCACCUUUGCUCUCAUGCGCCAGUCUGGUGGUACUGCCGGGCCCGGCGGUUUUGCACUUGUGAUCGCGGGAAAGCCCAAGGCGGGGAAGCCAGGUGGUGUGGGGUACAGAGGAGUGGGACCUCGGAGCAUGGCCGUGGUAUUCGACACGAAUCAGGAUGAUGCGGGCGAGCAGCACGUGGGGCUGAGCAUCAACGGCGCAGAAGAACCCUUGGUCAAGGAGGUGUCACCAUUCGCUUUCACCGAUGGCAAUGCGUAUACGGCAUGGGUGGACUAUGAGCCUGGGGAUCCUGGCACCAUUCGAGUGUUCCUGGCGAGCUCGAACGUGAAGCCGGAGGAGCCGCUGCUGCAGGGGAGUGUGUCGCUGUGUGCGGUGCUGCAGCCGGGAGUGAAGCAGCCGGCGUUCUCGUUUGGGUUUGUGGCGUCCACCACUGUGAAGCCCUUCGAGCUGCAUGGCAUUCUCUUCUCCGCUGUGCAAACAGGUGCUCCUUCACCCAAGCCAGUCCAGGUCGAUUCAAAAGCCCUCGGCCUCUCAUUGUCAGAGGCCACAUUUGCACCAUCUCGAGCCAGUCCUUUUUCGCGCUAUGUGAGUGCGGACUUUAAGCUGUCCGCCACGGAAGCGGACUCGUGGAGCAUUCGUGACUUCCACACGUGGGACUCCGUGCCCUUCCUGGACUGGCCUGUCAAGAACCAAGACGACUGCAAUGCGUGCUGGGCGUAUGCGGUGGUGGCGAGUGUGGAGGCGGCAUACGGCAUUGCAAAGCAGCAGAGCGCUCCCCAGCUAUCAGUAGAGCCUCUCGUCGCCCUCAUGGGGCUCUCCGACCCCGACAAGUGCUCCGCUUGCGGCUCCCCCACAGAGGCCUUUGAGACGCUCACAGCUCUCGAUGCCUCCAGUGGGCUCACAGGAGCCAGCGACCCGGCAACAACAUACCCGGUGCAGGCGUUUGAACGAGCGCAGUUCAAGGGGUAUGUGGGGCUCAUGCUGGCAGUGCAGCGGCAGCCAGUGGUGGUUCACAUCGAGGCAUCUCCAACCUUCAUGCAGUAUGAUGGGACAUUCAAGUACCAGGAUCCUGGUUGCUACACUGGCAGUCUCAACCACGUUGUACUCGUUAUAGGUUACUUCAUUACAAGAAACGACGGCAGCCAGAACCGCAUUGCGCCUCCGUUCUGGAUCAUCCGCAACUCGUGGGGAGAGGAGUGGGGCGACAAGGGUCACAUGCGCAUGGACAUUCAGGGAGGAGACGGUGUGUGUGGCAUCAACGUGCUGCCUGGCAUCUACCCCAUCGUCAAGAUUCCAGGGGACCCUUGUGGAGAAAGCAGCUACAAGGGCGAUGGGGAUUCGCAGCCCAGCAUGAACCCGUGCGGCAGGUUCCAGUGCCAGGGGACGGCAGAAAGCAGCAACUACUGCACCUGCAAUAUUCCCACUGCUCCUGUGCAGCCCUUUGUGGAGGUUGAGAAUGGCAUCGGCUCCUCAUGUGCUUAUGUGGACGUGUGUGGGUCAUACUUCAAGAACCCCUGCUACGUGGGAGCAUGCAUCAACGAUGGCAAGGGCGCCUACUCCUGCAUCUGCCCUCCCAACCACAUCCUGAGCACGACAGUUGAUGGUUUCCCCACCUGCGAUCCAACUAACACCACGGCCACCACAAUGACAGUCAGUGGAGACAACUGGUGGUGCUCGGACGUUCAUCCGCUUAUUGGCCUCUCCUUACUUGUCUUCACUGGCCAAAAUAUAGGCGUUGAUUGCAGCCAGCCAUUGCCCAAGGACAGUGUGCUUCAGCUGGAUGGUACUCCCGCCACACCCUGCACUGCCUUCUUCUACUCCCUCAAUGGGGACACCUGUGCAUCCAUCAGAACAGUACUCAACUUCGAUAAUGGAUAUCUCGCUGAGCUCAACCCCGGCCUUGACUGCUCCAAGCCCAUCAAGGCGGGCCGCUCCGUUUGCCUCGAGCGCAGUGCUGCCUUCGCCUUCACCGUACCCGCGUGUGUCAGAUACGGCACGCUCACAACUCAAGACACGUGCGAGCGGCUGCUUCAAAGGACUGGCACUUCACAAAAGGAUGUCACUGGGGAUGCAUGGGCUGCGCUGUACCGCAACAAUCCUGGCCUCACUUGCUCCGCCACAAUCCCUUCCUCUGCCUCUGCUGUCGGCAGCAACAUUGGUGUGCAG